UUUUUUUUUAGUCUUCAGGUUAUUCCAUCAAAAUUGAAGUUUUUGGGUUGAAACGUUUUUCUUCCCUGAGAAAGUGCCACUUUUAUUCAAUUAGUGCGCAGAGACCAAAUUAUCCACGUGUUUUGCCUGAAGAGCUUCGUUUAUGGCAGGGAAAAAACAUGUAGAAUCUAUAUGACUUUUAUACCAUAGUCAUCAGUUGGAUAUAAAAUGAGUGUGAGGAUCCAUCUUUAGGUAAGCAUAAUGGCAGCCAGGCCUGGAUUUGUGGAGAGGCCACAUAGGCCGGGCCUAGGGCGGCAGAAGUUUAGGGGCGGCAUGCUGCCCCGCCGCAACUAAAUGUUUCAAGUUUGCUCCCAUACAGAGUAAUAGGGACCUCUCCCCACUGUUCCAUAUGCAGUCGUGCUCUCUGCCGCCGGCGGGGGGUGGAUUGCGCAUGCUCGCUCGGGGGUGGGGCCCAGAACACAAAUCCGGCACUGAUGGUAGCUCCCACUAUCCCCACAUUAAAUCACUUAUACACAAAUCGUUCCAGACUGGGAUUCAAAAUAGGCCCUGGCAUUUUACGUACACAAAGAAGCAAACAGCCCCCUACCAGCCCAGUAAGGGCAACACUGCACGGGGAGAUUAGUCACCUGCGCUUAAAUGUUCGCUGCUGCAGGCUACUAAUAUACCUGAAAUUCCUUCCUGUCAGCAAUAAAGUGAAUCACCAGUUUCCUGCAGAGGAAAGCAAAGCGCUGCAUAUAUAUCCCUCCCCAUGGGCAAUUCACUGUAUCGCUGGUGGAAAGGCGUUUUGGGGAGAUUAGUUGCCUACGGUAUUUCCUGGGAGCCAUUGCUCUAAAUACUGUUGGCCAUCUAACAGCAACCCCUCUGGCAUCUGCCAGUAGCCAUCGAUUGUCAGUCGGGGCUUGACUCCUUCUAUCUUCCAGAAAUCUCCCUCCCUAAAGAGAGAAAGGUGCGCAUAGAAGGGACGCCCUGGGUGACUUGGGGCAAUACAAUGGUACAAUCUGUACCCCACCCAGGGAAAUGUUUGGCACGUAUUUGUAUGGCGUGCAGCAGCCCCUGGAGUAUUGUGCUAAUGAGUAGGCAGAGGCUCAGCUGCUGGAGGGGCGGGGGAGGGCUGGCUAAGACACGUGUUGGGCUGUAGGAAGGGGGGGUAGUAGGAGCAGUGACGCACGCUUGCUUACAUGUACUAUAGCUACCCACCAUGGCGGAGGAAGAGAAGAGUCUGUUGUCCCGGUUAUCCAAGGCGCUAUCUCGUACCCGACUGGAGCAGCUGGAGCAAGAAGCCGCUAUGCCCCCACCACCCCCCAGCCAAGCUCCGGCUCCCACAGCCCGUGUAUCUGCAUCGCAGACCCCACGGAGGAGAAAGCUGUCCAGCAGCCAGAGCCUGUCCGGCUCCUUGGAAAGCCUGAGCGGUAUUGGGAGCGAGGCUCGGGUGCUAGUUAUUAACACGGGGGGCACAAUAGGGAUGAUGUACCAGAAUGAAGUGCUGGCUCCUCAGGCCAAUGCUUUUGCAAAAACCCUAAAAACCCUGCCUAUCCUUCAUGAUGAGGUAUAUGCCCAGCAAACCAAGCUCUAUGAUUUUCAUGACUUUCCAGAAAACACAUUGGUCCUCCCUCUCUCUAAACAGAACAAAAGAAUUGUGUACACUGUCUUGGAGUAUUCGCCUCUUCUCGACUCCUGCAAUAUGACUACAGAUGACUGGGCCAAAAUUGCUAAGGAUAUCAAGAAAUACUACGAGCAAUAUGAUGGGUUUGUGGUGCUACAUGGUACUGAUACUAUGGCCUAUACAGCAUCUGCACUUUCAUUUAUGUGUGAAAAUCUGGGGAAAACAAUAGUCUUGACUGGAUCUCAGGUACCUAUUUAUGAGAUGAGAAAUGAUGGCCGUGACAAUCUGCUUGGAGCUCUGCUUAUUGCAGGACAGUUUGUUAUUCCCGAGGUGUGCCUGUAUUUUCAUCACAAGCUCUACAGGGGAAACAGGGUCACUAAGGUGGAUGCUGGGAGUUUUAAUGCUUUCACAUCUCCGAACUUGCCUCCACUUGCAAAUGCUGAAGUUGACAUUACAAUUAAUUGGGAGACCGUAUGGCGAGCUAAUACCACCAAGAAGUUUCAUGUCCAUACUGAUAUGAAUAGGAAUGUGGGCCUACUGCGAAUAUUUCCUGGGAUAACUGCUGCAACUGUGAAGGCCUUUCUGCAGCCCCCUAUGGAAGGCAUUGUGCUUGAAACAUAUGGUUCUGGCAAUGCCCCAGAUUGUCGCUUGGAUUUGCUUGAAGAGCUUAAGAAGGCUACAGAGCGUGGCGUUGCUAUUAUAAAUUGUACCCAGUGCUUGCGAGGAUCCGUCACUGAAUCAUAUGCAACUGGAAAGGCUCUGACUGUGGUAGGAGUCAUUCCUGGAUGUGAUUUGACACCAGAAGCAGCUCUCGCAAAACUUUCCUAUGUUUUAGGGAAAGACAACCUCAAUCCAGAGGAAAAAAAAAGGAUGCUGUUUGAGAAUCUCCGGGGAGAGAUGACCGUAAGCGCCACAGGAGCCAAGAUCUCUCUGCGAGACAGCAAGUUCAUCCAAGUAGUUGCUAAAUCUCUUGGCGUGAGCUGCAAAGAGGAGCUAGAAGCUGUCAGAGAUGCCCUCACACCAUCUUUAGCCUGUGCUGCCGCUGCCACUGGUGAUACCUAUGCUUUGGAAGCAAUAAGAGACAUGGGUGGGAACUUGAGCAGUGAAGAUUAUGAUGGCCGGACUCCAUUGCAUGUGGCAUCCUGUGAUGGUCAUUAUGCUGCUGUCCAGUACUUGCUGAAUAACGGAGCCACUGUUUAUGCUAAGGAUCGUUUUGGUGACACACCUCUGAUGAAUGCUGUGAAAUUCAGACAAUUGGAAGUUAUCAAGUUGCUCCGACAGACUGGUGCACAUCUUUCCUGGGAGGAGCUUGAACACACUGGCACAGAGUUGUGCAGUUUAGCUUCUCUUGGUGAUGUGGAUGGCCUUGCAGCCUGGGAAUUAGCAGGAGCAGAUAUGACUCAAGCUGGAUAUGAUGGACAAACUCCUUACCAAGUGGCAGAAGCUGCAGGCAAUGAAGAAGUCUUAGAAUUCUUUAGCCUAAAAAGGCCACAGAAUCUCUCACCAGUGAGGUUUUUCCUCUACUCUGGAACUGAAACUUAGCCAAGGUCUUUCUAAAUGGCAUUGCAAAUGAAAAUGGAAACUAGCUGAACUGUUUUCCCAUGUUGAUACUGGAUGCUGUUAGCAGUAUAACUACCACAUUCCUUUCGAUAUCCAAAAGGAUUCACCGUAACUUUUCUAUAACUCUGUUCACAGACUAUAGAGGCAUAUGGCAAGUGGUUUUGCCUCACUACCUGGCUGAUGAAUGACAAUCUGGGCACUCCUCUAUGUAUAUAUAAAGAUAAAAGAAGUUGUAGGGGAUAAUACACUGAACAAUUUGUUGAGGAAAAUUGUACCUGUUUUAGAAAGCACACAAAUCAGUCAGUCAUGCACAAUACAUGGUUGUAAGGGGUCCAGUACCUGGGGUAAAGGACAAUCUUCCCAUCAAAUAUAUAGGCCUUUCUUUUCUAUUUGAAAGAUGCCCUGGACUCCAUUCUUUAGAGGUCUAAUGGGGGCCCAUGAUCCACAUUAUUAAAAUCCAAGAGACACAUGGGCAAAUUAGUAGUUGUCACGGCUACUAAAUGCUAGGAAAUACCCUGCCAUGGACAAUACUGAGAACUGCUUCUGCUAAAGCUGCAUCAUGUAGUCUCUAGCAGCAUUGUGAGCACAAUGUAAGGCAACCAGGCAAAAUCAUGAAGCCCCAAACCCAUGGAUAGCAAAUAGACUACCCUGCCCUUCACGAAAACCAAAUCCUAAACCACCUUUCCCGAAAAGAUUUGUCUGGAAUCAAACAAACCCUGUUUUAUUCAAUAAUAAUUGGGAUCAGCAGGAGAGUUGGAACUUAUAUCACACCAUCGGUGAAUAGGGUUGCAUUCUGGCUGAUAUUUUACCCACCAUGCUGGUGAGAAUAUAAUUGUUUGGAUUCAGAUCAGUUAGGGACCAUAUCCUGUGGUGCCUGGAGCGCAUUCUGUCACCAUAAUUAAAUGGCAUGCGCAAACUAUUUUAGAAAGGUAAUAGACUAUGGAGUUAAUGUAAUAAAAGUCGGUAACUGAAAAAUUAUUAGCAAUGCAAUAACAGUAUAAUGAACAAUAUUUUUUAAAAUUUACGACUUAUUACAUUCCCCCAUAAUAAGAGAAAACUUAAAUAUAGUUUAUGAUUGUUAUAUAAGUAUUUUGUGUGAAUCUGCAGUUUUUUUAACAAAUGCACACAUAUUAGUGUUAGUAUCAGCACAUGAAACAAGUUGUGUAUUAUUCUGCGGGGAGUGCAGACAAUGGGUGUGACUCCCUGCAUUUUAUGUUGAAACAUUUCGUCUUAGUGGUUGCAUGUUUAUGAAUGUAGUGUUUGUCUCUUCCCACGAAUAGGCUGCUGGCUCAGAAGAUCUCUGGAUAAUGAGUGUUUCUCUGACGCAUAGGGAGCAUGGCAUUUAUAGGGAGCCAUGCUAGGGCAAUAAACUGCACUCUAGUGUUGCUGGAAAUGGCAAAAGAUUUAGCUGCUGCACCUUGGGUACAGUUGUUUUACCCAGACUUGCUGCACUUUAUUUUCUGAACAUGAUUGACCCAGAAUAGCACAGUAUUAUUGGUGUAAAAAUGAUUAUUAAAGGUUCAGAAGAUCAAUGUAUGUUAAACAGGUUUUAGGACUAUAACAUUAUUUGUCAUUCUUCCAGCAGGAAAUUUAAUUGCUUUUACAGUUUGCAAUUGUACACAUAGCAAAGGUUUCCUGCCUCCUGCUUUGGUAAUGUAAUGUUUUAAGCAAUGUCAACAAUAAAAUAUAUUUAAACAAUAA